ACUAACAAAACAGAAACUUUAAAAGGCUGGCGUAAACAUGCAGCAGACUUCCGUUCAAAACCUGGAUCAUAUAUUGUCUCUUUUGCAAUUUUACAUGAAUUAACAGCUAUAGUCCCUAUACCAUUAGUUUAUAUUUUUCUUUCUUCUACAGGUAUACAAAUUCCUUUUCCUCAACAAGCACUUGACGAAGGAAAUAAAUUUAUUAAUAAAGUGGUAACUUAUUAUGGCUAUCCACCUUUUAACAAUGGCAGUAGAAUUGCACUAAAUGCUGCUACAAGUUACGCUGUCGUUAAGGCGAUAAUGCCUUUACGCAUUGCAGCUUGUGUAUGGAUGACUCCAUGGACUGCGGAAAGAAUAAUAGGUCCA